AUGGCUAAUUGCGCAAAGGCGAACGUGGGGACAAGUCAGGGUGUUAGGAUUUUAAAAGAGUUUGUUGGUGGGUAUGAAAAUGUUGGGGCAACUAGUGUUGAUUUUCAGAAUUCAAAACGCGACCUCCGUGCGUAUAUUGAUGGGUGUGAUGCGCAGUAUUUUCUUGAUAAGUUGUCAAGGAAAAAUGACAACUGUGCCGCCUUUUAUUAUAAGCAUGACAUUGACGAGGACGACCAAUUACGACGUGUGUUCUGGGCUGAUCCGGUAGCUCGUCGCAACCACAUGUUUUUUGGUGACAUCAUUUCCUUCGAUGCAACGUACUCGACAAAUAGGUACAAAAUGGUUUUCGUACCCUUCACGGGUGUGGAUAACCACAAACGAUGCGUUACUUUUGGUGCCGCGCUGAUCACCAAGGAGGAUGUUGUGUCAUAUGUUUGGGUGCUAGAGAGGUACAAGGAGGCAAUGGGUGAUGCUCCAUCAUGUUUUGUCACAGACCAGGACCUGGCUAUGAGGAUUGCUCUAGAACAAGUUUACCCAGGUAGUCAGCACCGAUUUUGCAUGUGGCAUAUUAUGAUGAAGCCCGAUGUGUUUGAGAUUAGGUGGCAAGCGUUGCUAGGUGAGUAUGGCUUGUUAGAUCAUAAUUGGUUCACACAGCUGUGGGAGGCAGGACGUUAUUGGAUCCCCGCGUAUUUCAAGGAUAUGCUUCUCUGUGGCCUAGUUAGAACCACGUCCCGAUCUGAGGGUGAGAACAGUUUCUUCGGAAGGUAUUUAACCCAUACAGCCAGUUUGGUGGAGUUUUACUGCCACUUUGAAUCUGCAGUAGAUGCACAACGGCAGAUCCAUACCACGCUUAAUGCAGUGUGCGAAGGUCAUUUUGCUCCGACAAAAACGGACUUGAAAAUUGAACGCCAUGCGUUGGCCCUGUACACAAUCACAAUUUUCCACGUGGUACAAGCAGAAAUUUAUGCAGGGUGUUAUUCGUGUGGGGUAGUGUUCGUAGAACUUGCUGGAGAAAUCAUCAAUUACGGCAUAACUGAUGGUGUCAACCAGCAGUACCAUGUGCACUACAACUCCUGCGAAAGUAGUGCAACGUGCACGUGCUCACUUUUCCAAAGCUCAGAACGUGUUGACCAGUUAACCCAAGUGAUCCAGCAGCUGAAGGAUUCUUUCGUAGGGGAAACGAAUGGCCCGUUAGACACCAUCAUUAGGCAGGCACGUGGGUAUUAG